AUGGACAAAGCCCAGUGCGUGGAGCUCAUUCGAUCGUGCAAAAGCCUUCCAAUGGCCCAGGAGAUCCACAAACGCAUCCAGGCGAAUCCACCACUCUCACCACACGAGAGCCUCUUUGUCUCCAAUAAUCUCCUCGCACUGUUUAACCAGUUUGGCAGCCUCGUAAAUGCCCGAAGCGUCUUUGAUCGCAUCGAGAACAAGGAUGCUUUCUCGCUGGUUCUUAUGCUCUGCGGCUACUCUCGCAGCGGGCAAGUCUCCAAUGCAAAAGCCAUCUUUGAUUCCAUGCCCGAAAAGAAUCUUACAAGCUGGAACGCUAUGGUGGCAGCAUAUGCCAAGAAUGGGUAUAUGGACGAGGCAGAACUACUGUUUCAAGAGAUGCCAUUUCAUGAUGCCGUGUCAUGCAAUACGCUCGUAGCUGCACACUCGCAAAGAGGUCAUUUGGAUACUGCGAAGGGUAUCUUUGAUGACAUGCUUUUUAAAACUCUACCAUGCUGGAAUGCCAUGCUAUCUGCAUAUGCCACAGGCUGGCAUCUUGUACAAGCAAGACAGACAUUUCACUCGAUGCCUGCUCGAAAUCUGAUCUAUUGGACAUCAUUCUUAAACGCACUAAUCAUGGAGGAAGAUCUUCAAAUGACUAGAAAGUGUUUUAGCGAAAUGCCCUGCUGGAAUCUGUUUGCCUGUAACUCAGUACUUUCCGCAUAUGCCCGAAAGGGGAAUCUUCUCGAAGCCAUGCUAACCUUUGACACAAUGCUCGAGAGGGAUAUAAUCACUUACACAAACAUGCUGGAAGCUUUCAUCCACAACGGUUGCCUCUUUGAAGCCAGCAAUUUCUUCUCGCGGAUGCCACAGCGGGAUCUUGUGGCCUACACCGUAAUGCAAUCGGCCUAUGCUUAA